UCCAUUUUAAACAAAUCCGGACUGAUCUAUCCUAUCGUUUUGCUACUGGGGAAGGCUUUUAUCCCCUCCUUUCUCAAUAAAUACUCUCUCUCUGCCCACCUCUCUCACUCCAUCUCUCUCCAUGGAUUCCAUUCAACUAGCAGAAUCCCCCAAAACUACAGAUGAAGAUCGAGAACAUCUAUUAGCGAUUGAUUUAGAAGCAGCAGAGAGUGAAGUGGAAACGAAGUUCCUGAUUCGCAAUUUGACAACCGAAGCAGUAAUUUCGGAAUCGGCCGCCGCAGGCGGCGGCGUUGGUGGUGGUUCACGGCCGAUUCUGAAAUGGAUCAACGCGGAGAUACCGAAGGGAGUGGUGGUGGGGAUCAUAGGACCUAGUGGAAGCGGCAAAUCAACGUUGCUGAGGGCGUUGAAUCGGCUGUGGGAGCCUCCACCGCAUACGGUGUACCUCGAUGGUCAAGAUAUUUGUAAGCUUGAUGUUCUCUCUCUUCGCCGUAAAGUCGGCAUGCUCUUCCAGCUUCCUGCUCUGUUUGAAGGUACAGUGGCAGAUAACAUUCGAUACGGGCCACAAUUGAGAGGGAAGAAGCUAAUGGACAAUGAGAUACACAAAUUGCUCUCCCUUGCAGACCUCGAUCCCAUCUCCUUCAUUAACAAAAAUGCCCGUGAAUUAUCUGUUGGUCAAGCUCAAAGAGUCGCACUUGCUAGGACUCUAGCCAACGAGCCUGAGGUAUUGUUAUUGGAUGAGCCAACAAGUGCAUUAGAUCCAAUAUCAACACAAAACAUAGAGGAUUGUAUGGUAAAACUGAAGAAGAGUAGGGGAAUGACAAUCGUAAUGGUCUCACACAGCAUAAAGCAAAUACAGAGGAUAGCUGAUCUUGUGUUCCUCCUUGUGGAUGGUGAAAUUGUUGAAGUCUUGAAACCCAACAAACUAUCUGAAGCCAAGCAUCCCAUGGCACUCAGGUUUCUUCAGCUCAGCAAUUAAUAAUAAAUCUUAUAAAGACUUUCUUCGUGAACAUGAUGUUGUAUAUUUUUGUUCAUGAACAUGAUCUUUAUGCAUAGGGAAAACCCUAGCCUAGCUACUACUAUUACUUCUACCUUGUGGUGUGUAUGAAAAUAGGCUUUCAAUGUUAAUGCAUUGUGUCCCCUGUCCUACAUUUGAAUCAACUAUCAAUUCUUGUAUUAGUGAUGUUGUAUGUUUUUCUUCA